CCCUUCCUGCAGGGCCGUGGCCUCCUCGACGAUCCCUAUCCUGUGCGAUACAGAAGAUUCCCAUUGUCGAGGUUGUGUUUUCGCAUCUCAAAGCCAUGCGAUACCUUCAACACACAACAAUUGCAAUCACCAUGCACCAUGUGGGGCAUCGUGCCUACAACAUGGAGGGGAGUGUAUCUUCACGACGUACGCCGCCGUGUUUCGACUCCCAGCAUCGAUGAGUCUCGGGGCUACCUACAAAUAUGCAACACAGACAGCUUUGUCUGGACCUUUCAACAUGCUUGGGCGUUCGUCGGGUUGGUGAGUUGUCAGCUGUCAUUUCUUGUUCCAGGCUUCGAUCUCGAAGACCCACAGGGAUAUGGCCCAAUCUCUAGUCUUUACCGGAAGUACACUGCCAUUCUGCAGUAAACUAGCUCUAACUCAUAACUUGUUUUCCUCAAUAGCAAAUUGCCUUGUGGCUUCGGCCCCUUUUCCGUACAGAUCGCUCAAGUGUUCCGAUCGCGGAACCCCCCGCUCAGUCGUCGUCUACAGUAGCAGUUCCAAGGGUCAGAAGAUUUUGAUCUGAAGGCCACACGUGUAUCAACCCUAUCUCAACCAGCAGGUGGGGGAAGGGGUGGUGUGCCGAUUCGGGAACAAGGGCAUAGUAAUACUGCCAGGACCAAAACUUCCCGAGUCCCCUGAGUACAAUACAGGACAUGGCUCGACAAGCGAAGGGCCUGAUCUCAGAACAUGCGCCUUUAAAGUCUGUCGGCUAUCGUCGUGUCCCUUACCAUCGUAACGGUAACGCGCAGCAACCUGCGUGUCGGCUUUCUUGCCCGCUUCUGCUGACGUCGCGAAGCCUCGUUUUCUCCUUCACAAGCUUGUUCUAGGUUCUGACUUACGUCGGCAAUGGCUUAUCUUGUUGGCCGGUUGAAGCAGAGAAUCGGUCACGCCGACACGGCACACCACCGGGCAGGCGGCGGGAAGACGACGAUCCGCGCGCCCGAAAGAAGCUGUGCCCCUGUCCCAACGAGUGUUGGUUGUACAGGUAGGGGGAUACUCAAGGGCAAGAAGCUUGCUAAUCUCUCCCCCUCAUUAUCCGUCCCCCUCAUUAUCCGUUUCCCAGGUUUCAUCCGAAUAGCGCGUGGCAUUUUUGGGCCACCGCGACCCUGAUCGACGACAAGGUGAAAGGGGUCUCUUUCCACCCCGCGUGCGACAGGGGUGUAUGUAAAAGCCACAAACCCGACCAAGGAAUGGGGACUACGUCGGAGCUUGGUCUCCGGCUGAGUGGGACCGCAGUUGGUGGCGGCGACGUCUGGUAGACGCAGAUAUAACAAAUCUUGACGAUUUCUAGUGAGUCGGCAAUAAGAAGGGCAUUCUAGUGUUGAGGAAUUUGCCACGAUGUUCUUGUGGGGGAAAUAACCAACUAUGAGGUGGGGCUGCCUGGGCAGGGACCUCUCCUGAUGAGUAGAGGUUGACCAGAACCCGAGAUAUCGGGUGAGUCCUUUUUCCAUGAGACCCUGGAGGGCCAUAAACUUACUUCGGCAACGGCACACUUCGAUGGGUUUCUUGCUACUGAGAAUGAACACCUUGGCAUAAACAAGAAGCGACUGGCGUAGGAUUAUACGCCAAGGAUAAGGCUAAAGUAUUCUGCCAACGGAGAGGACUCACCGAGCAUCUGACGGCUUCACGCCCACGGCCCACCCAUCGCUUGUGGCGGGCCAUUUUCAACUUGAACCCUGAGAGGGUGGAAUAGUUUUCGCAUCCACGCAAACGACAAUACCAAAAUAACAAAUAGCAGCGAGAAAUAGGCGUACCUAGUCAAAGCGUCGCCUGUUUCCAUUUCUCUCUCUAUGUUUGACGUCUAUGUAUAACAGUACGAUAAUUCUGUUGCUGCAACAAAGACUCAAGACACUCCAAUAUUAUUGUUAUAUCAUAUUGAUUGUACCAAUGGCAGACUUGCACAUUGAUCACUGGCUACAUGCUCUGCUACAGAUUGUGUAGGUGUUUUAAUAGUGUAAACUUGUGGCGUAUGUUGUCCUGCGUCCCCCUACAUUGGACAUAGUUGACCAGACUGUCGCCCUCCUACCCUUUUGUCCAUACUCAAUCCUGAGUUUAAAGUAUGGAGUACGUCUCCGUGAACAAUGCGAAAUGUACAAUGUCUAUAAUACAGCCGAGCUCUGCUGUUCCUUCAGCUGUGGAAAACACGCCGCGUGCUAUGCCUCUCUUGCUACAAGCUUUUCACCGUACCGCACCAAGCCACUCUUUGCACCACUCCAGAACAGAACAGUUUUGGCUAGAAUUUACACCUGACGAAACUCCGCGUCAACUUCUGGUCACAGACACGCAACCAGUCCAAAAUAUCAAACUUGUUUCCCAGUAUAAGCCUGGCAUAUCUUUAACUUCCUUAACACUUCGUCGAUGUCCCACGACACAACCCGGACCACCGUUGAUGUUAUCGUCACAGUGAUAUCCCGGC